AUGGAGGAGACUGGGUUUGUUUUUCCCACUGAUAUUCAAAGAGAAGCUCUUCCUACUUUGUUUACAGGACGUGAUUGCAUCCUCCAUGCCCAAACAGGUUCAGGCAAGACAUUGACUUACCUGUUACUCAUAUUCUCCCUUAUAAAUCCUCAACGUUCUUCUGUGCAAGCUGUCAUUGUUGUACCCACUCGAGAGCUCGGCACGCAAGUUACAAAAGUUGCUCGAAUGUUGGCUGCAAAAUCCACGGAUGUUGAAGUGAAAGGAUGUACAGUAAUGGCUCUCUUAGACGGAGGGAUGCUAAGAAGGCACAAAAGCUGGCUAAAGGCCGAGCCACCGGCAAUCGUGGUCGCUACUGUAGCAAGCUUGUGCCACAUGCUAGAAAAGCACAUAUUUAGACUUGACUCGGUGAGAGUUCUUGUUGUAGAUGAGGUUGAUUUCUUAUUCUACUCAUCAAAACAAGUCGGUUCUGUGCGGAAGCUUCUGACAUCAUUUUCUUCAUGCGAUAAACGUCAGACAGUUUUUGCCAGUGCUUCCAUUCCCCAGCAUAAACAUUUUGUGCAUGACUGUAUACAGCAAAAGUGGACAAAGAGGGAUGUUGUUCAUGUCCAUGUUAACGCAAUCAUGCCCAUGCCCUUGUGCCUUCUUCACAACUUUGUGGUGUGUGGGAAGGGAAACAAACAUCAAAUACUGCUUGCCUUGUUAGAGUCUGAUGCACCUGAAUCAGCUAUUAUUUUUGUCGGAGAGCAGUCUGAGAAGUCAAAAAAGGCUGGAAAUGAUCCAUCUACAACUCUACUCAUUGAGUUCCUCAAAACAUCAUAUGAUGGCUCGCUGGAGAUCCUCCUACUAGAGGAGGACAUGAAUUUUAAUUCACGAGCAGCCUCACUAACAGAAAUCCGGCAAGGAGGAGGGUUUCUUCUUGUUUCUACUGAUAUUGCAGCAAGAGGGAUUGAUCUAACAGAAACAACUCAUAUCUUCAACUUUGAUCUUCCACAAACGGUUACAGAUUAUCUGCACCGAGCUGGAAGAGCUGGUCGAAAACCCUUUUCGGAUAGGAAGUGUAUUGUUACCAAUCUGAUCACGUCGGAGGAAAGAUUUGUCUUGCAAAGAUUCGAAAAUGAGCUAAUGUUCAGCUGCGAGGAACUGAUGUUGUAG